GCAUCCAUUCGGCCUGGUAUAUAAAUGGAUGGCCUCGUUGUAAUACCUCCAUUUUCUCAUUCAAACUGCCUUAUAGGCACUUCAUGAUGGCCUCCUUUCAUUUUGCCCGCCAUCCAGUGCGAACGACUGUGUCUUUUGUCAAAGCUGCAUGUCUCGUCCAUCUUGGCAUCACCUACGGCUAUACCGUCAGUCCCGCUCAGGGUCCAUCUAUGCUACCAACAUUUACUGUUGACGGUGAUUGGAUAUUGUGCGACCACACACGCCGUUAUGGUCGUGGUGUUUCUGUGGGCGAUUUGGUUGUCUACCGCAUCCCCAUCUUCAACAAUCAAUGGGGAGUGAAGCGCGUGACUGGCAUGCCAGGGGACUAUGUCUCUGUUGGAACUCCAGGCGAACAAGGGGAAGACUUGAUGAUUCAGAUCCCUGAGGGUCAUUGUUGGAUUUCAGGAGAUAACCUCCCAGCCUCAAGAGAUUCACGUCACUUUGGCCCCUUGCCUUUGGCUCUCAUCUCUGGCACCACAAUCGCCAAAAUCCUCCCCUGGAAUGAGCGCCAGUGGAUGAAGACUGGGUUAGAAAAGGUUGAUGAGCUGGACUGACAUCCACAAUCACAUUCACCAAGUCAAGCCUGAUAUGUAUGUCAUCUCUUAUCUGGGUAUAGAAACUUACGACUGCUCGUCUAAUUACAUCUGCUCUCGCCAAAUUUAAUUCCCAGUAAGUGAUCAAGCGGAUAUC